ACAGGUCAAAGGUUAAAAGAUGUUGUCGAGGAAAUUUUCUACAGUUUUUGGACGGUCUGUCCUGUCAAGGAACAGUCUUCGCCUGCUAUGGACAGGAAAUGAGCCUUUGGCAGAGGAUGAUCCAGAAAUAUUAGAAAUUAUCAAGAAUGAAAAGAAUAGACAAAUAAGAGGUCUUGAACUGAUAGCUUCUGAGAAUUUCACAAGUCGAGCUGUAACAGAAGUUUUAGGAUCAUGUCUGACAAAUAAAUAUUCUGAGGGUUACCCAGGUGCUAGAUAUUACGGAGGAAACAAGUUUAUUGAUGAUGUAGAGAGACUAUGCCAGAAGAGAGCUUUAGAAUGUUUCAAGUUAGAUCCAGAACAGUGGGGUGUAAAUGUACAACCAUACUCCGGAAGUCCUGCUAACUUUGAAGUUUUUACUGGACUGCUUCAGCCACAUGACAGAAUUAUGGGUCUUGAUUUGCCUGAUGGAGGACAUUUAACUCAUGGUUUUAUGACAGACACAAAAAGAAUAUCAGCUACAUCAAUAUACUUUGAAUCCAUGCCAUACAAAAUAAAUCCAGUCUCAGGACUUAUAGACUAUGAUGGUAUGAGAACUUCAGCCAGAUUAUUCCGUCCUAAGCUUAUUAUUGCAGGAACAACAGCUUACUCCAGACUUCUAGAUUAUAAAGUGUAUAGACAGAUCUGUGAUGAAGUAAAAGCAGUAAUGUUAGCAGACAUGUCACAUAUAUCUGGACUUGUAGCUGCUGGUAUUAUACCAAGUCCAUUUGAUUAUUCUGAUGUAGUAACCACAACUACACAUAAAACUCUUAGAGGACCACGGUCUGGCAUGAUUUUCUAUAGGAAAGGUCAGAAGGGUGUUGACAAGAAAGGCAACAAAAUCAUGUAUGAUUAUGAAAAACGUAUAAACAGUGGUGUAUUUCCUGCUUUACAGGGAGGACCACAUCAGCAUCAGAUAGGAGCAGUUGCUGUAGCACUCAAGCAGGCAAUGACUGGAGAGUUUGUAGAAUAUCAGAAACAGGUUGUGAAGAAUUCUAAGAUAAUGGCAGAGGAACUUCUGAAGAAAGGUUAUGAUGUUGUAUCAGGUGGAACAGAUAAUCAUCUAGUGUUAGUAGAUCUUAGACCUAAAGGAACAGAUGGAUCAAGAGUAGAUAGAGUUCUAGAAUUGGUAGAAAUAUCAGUAAAUAAGAACACAUGUGCUGGUGACAAGAGUGCUGUUACACCAGGUGGUCUACGUUUAGGAGCACCAUCUUUAACAUCUCGUGGAUUAAAAGAGGUUGAUUUUAAAAGAGUAAUGGAAUACCUAGAUCGUGGAGUCCAUAUAUGUUUGGAUGCACAAAAACAUACAAAAACAUUAAAGGAAUUCAAAGAAUUUGUUAUAAGUGAUGCAGGCAUCAUUAAACAGCUGGAUUCUCUAAGAUCUGAAGUUGAGGAAUUUGCUGAAGGUUUCCCAAUGCCAGGUUUAGAAGAUAGAUAAUCAUGAAACAUAGCAUAGAAAACCACUGGACUUUCUGAACUAAGAUUGAGUUGUUAAAAUAAGAGUGUUAACAUUUUUAAUCAGUUGCAUGGUAUAAGGUUUAAAAUAUUUCUUUUCUUUGGGGUUAUUUGUUAAUACAAUAAUCAUCACUAAAGCAUUCUUUUUUUUUUUCAGUUUAGGGAAAAAGUCAUUGAUUGGUGCUCUUUUAUUUGCAUGUACCGAUAAUAAUAUUUUUAAUAUUCAAGUGUACAUGGUACUUUCUGUAGGUGAUCAAAUGUAUUCUCUGUGUUAAAUGUUACUGCCAUGUUUAUGAUUACAAAAGCAGCUGUUUGUGUUUUACAUCAUAAGUUAUUUUAGUGUUACAUUUGUUUAUUAAUGAUUUAAGAUUUUGAGAGGAUACUGUCUUUAUUCAGAUAAUGGCAUAUUUUUAAUAUUUUAUUACGUGAAAUUGUAUUUUUAACUUUUUGUUCAAUUAUGUUUUAUUUGUGGAGAUUACACAUAUAUAGGAAUGUUAAAUAGUAGAAUCUCCCUGUAUAAAAAAUCAUGAGUAUUGUCCAAAAUGAAAUGUUAAAACUAAAGUUGGAUGGUUAGUGAUAAAUGGGACAAUUAUACUUGGUAUCUUCAGCAUAAAAAAUUGUGUCAUAACGAAAUGAUAAGAUACUGUAAAUACAAAAUUUAUUAUUUUAAUUUUUUAAGAAUGGACAAAAAUGCAAGAUUAAUUAUUGCGAUUUCAGGAAAAUCUGCAUACAGAAACGCGUAUCGGAUAUCAGAAUGUAAGUUCUUAUUAUUGCAGUAAUCACCAAGUCGCAUUAUUCACAUUAAUAAAAACCUCGCAAUAAUUUCUGAAUUUACAGUAAUUGUUUUUCAAUCUGAUUAAAAUAAUAGAUCCUAUGUCCACACUUAGACAAUGCUCUUUCCUCCACUCUCUGUUUGAAAGACCUUUUGGAUCAUCUGGUUUUGUCUUAAUGAUACACUACACAUCUUCUAAAAUUUGAAGAAUGAAUUUCAUUGGCUGAUGUAAUAAUUAUCAGAGCAGAAAGUGGAACAGAGUGUUGUCAGAUCCUUGUAAGUAAAGCAUAAACACAGGAUCUGUAUUUCUUAAUCAGCUUGAUUAUUUUUGGUAAGUUGGGGCUGGUCUAGAGAAAAGGGAAAAAUAAUAUAGUAUGGUGUUUCAGUAAAGAAAUUUGUCAAGAUUGAAAUAAGAAAUGACUUAUUGUAUUUGGAUGAUUAGUGUUUCAUUUACCAAUAUUAUCCUGUGUUUCAAAUUGAUACCACAGUGUUAUUUUUUAAGAUUGAUUGUACAUUGCUAGUCAAUGAUGAAGAUAUUAUGGUGCUUCAGAUUUAUCUUUGGAUCCCUCUUUUUUCAAUGCUAUGAUGUCAAUUAAAAUUUAUGGUAUUCAAAUAUAAAGUUUGGUAAACAUGUUAAACUUUAAUUCAACCAUGCAUUCAUGGAUUUCCCUUAAACUUUGAUAAUAAGGAAUUAUUGUUUAUGAUUUCAAGAGAAUCUACCACAACUAUUACAGUUUGCUUUGGAAGGAUGUAUUUUGCAAAGUUUUUAUAUGUACUAGUUGAGUAGUGUGCAAAUUUUCAAAUAGUUCAAUGCAUUCAUUCAUAAAUUUUAAAAAAAGAAAUAAGCCCAGUUAAAUCCCAGUUUCUGAAAGUUACUUACAGAUUUUGCUUAAGAUUGUCACAAACCCUUACUGUGGAUUCAUUAUUAUUCGUUGGAUACCAAUUUUCGUGGGUUUCGUGGGUACAUGUGAACCACGAAUUCAAUUUUCAACGAAUGACAAAUUUUCUAUAGGCUUUGUAUGCAGAGAUUGGAAAACCACGAAAUCAAAUACCCACGAAAAUGCAAGUUUGCCUCAAUCCACGGAAAUUGAUACCCACGAAAAUAAAUGAAUCCACAGUAUUAUGUACGCCAAAAUAUUUGACUACCUCAGGACACAGAGAUCAUUGUAUGCCCUUUUGUUGAGUUAGUUCCCUUUCAUGUUCACAGUAUAUUUUGUGAAAUAGAUUUGGUUGUAUAAGCAUGCUUACAUGGAAAAGUAAUUACAUUUGCAUUUACAUUAUUGGAAAGGGUAUUUUUCUCAUACAAAAUUGUCAUAGAAUCUCUAACAAUGAAAGCAUUUUAUUGUUACAUAUAUCUGUUGUUUUAUUUUUAUUUUUAAAGGGAUUUAACUUGUUGAGAGAUUAGAGUAUUAUAUAGAUAUCCUGCAGAUUUUUUAUGUUCUGAUUUAUAUAUGAAAUAAAGACGGUAAUUAUAGCAGGGAUUUCAUUUGGAAAACUUUAGUUUAUUCAAUUCAAAAGUUGGAUAUUUCAAAAUGAUGACCUUAAAUGGCAGAAAUACACUUUGAAAUUUGUUGAAUUGUUUCUUUGUGAUGGCCUUGUAAUCUUAUUAUUCAAGAUUAUUUUUCUAAAAAAAAAUAUAUAUUUGAAAUCAAAUAAAAAUCAGUAUUAUACUUAUAUCUGGUAUACAUUAUUUCUAUGAAAACAUUUAUCAAAGUUUUCGUCAUAAACAUUCAUUUAUCAUUAAAAUUGUAAAGAAUUUAUCCCUGAACAUUCCAAGGUUUUGAUACAGCAUUUACUAUCCUAUUUACUCCCACAAAAACAAUUAGCAGAUUAAUCAAUUUAAGCAAUUUCAAUUCAUGUAUUAGCUAAAAAUGUUCAAUUACAGUAAUUAAACUAAUAAUUCCUAGUUUUUCAUAAUUGAUUUCAAAAAGGUAAAUAUGAUAAAGAUGUGUCUGUUUAAAAUGCACAUUUUUGCAAUUUUAGUAUAAAGACAAGAUUACUAGUUAUUGAGAAAAAAAAAUGAGUCUUUCCUACCAAUGCCUGAUUUCACAGUAAUAAAUUUAACUCCAAACUCUGCUGUUCAAUCUCAACUGGUUUCUUAAUUUACUUAAAUGUAUCCAUGGUAAAAUCAACAUUUUAGUAGUUUUAGGCAAAAUAAUAGUAUGUAUAGACAGAUAAAUUUUAGUUAGAUACCAUUGAUAAUUUAUGUAGCAUUUGUUUUUAUGAGUGAUAUAUUACACAUAUUGUUUAUGAAAAAUUAAAAGCUGUUGUUUUACUUGGUAUACAUAUAAUGAGGUUGCCAGAUAUUUGAGAUAAAUGUUUUUGAGUAAGAUGUUUAGUCUGAUUUAUUACUUUUAAUGGUUUAUUGGUAAAAUGCUCAUGCCAGUUUGAAGAUAAAAUGAGAUUGCUGUGUUACAGAUGUUUUAUUUGCAGUUAUUUCAGUUUCAUACACAAUUGAAUAUGUUUUUAAGAUUAUGUAUUGCUUACAAACAUUUAAAUACG